UUCCCCAGGCAGGGAUGAAGCUCAUGAUAAAUGAGCACACGCUUCAUUUCAGGUAGGGAAAUAUCAAUCAAGUAGUCAUCGGGGGGGCUCGUGCAAGAUCUAGCAGAAUCCUCAGAGGAACCAACACAAAGGCUACAUUUCGAGAUCCCGCUGUUUCUAUUUUGAUUUCACAUUUUGUAGUUAAUACAGAGCAACGUUUCGAUGAUCUCGUAACGGUGCUCCUGCGCCAUCAACCCCUAUUUGCUGGCCAAAGGCACCGUCACGAUUGAACUAUUUGAACUCUACCUAGCAACAAGUGACUCAAUAAAAGUGAGACAUGAGCACUUGGAGUUGAAAUAUUUAUGAACUGUGCAUAGCAGCGAAUGACUGCGCCAAUCAAAAAUUCUUUCACCUACUCACCAAACUUCAGCCGUCGUUAGUUGAGCAAACUGGCAUUCCUUGGACAAAGAUAGGAUCUUCUAAAUCCGAGCAUCAUGGACUCCUGGAUCUUGCCGUCAUCCCUCCCGAACACGUCGGGGCAGCUCAUGUUCGACAGCUUCCUGCCAGCGAACGAGUCGGACGCGCUGAGCAACGACACGGACGGCGGGAGUUUCGACGGCACCAGCACGGCGGUCAUCACCUGCAUGUACUUCCUGGUGUGCGCCGCGGGCCUGUGCGGCAACACCUUGGUCAUCUACGUCAUCCUGCGCUACGCCAAGAUGAAGACGGUCACCAACAUCUACAUCCUCAACCUGGCGGUGGCCGACGUGCUCUUCAUGCUGGGCUUGCCCUUCAUCGCCAUCCAGCUGGCGCUGGUCCACUGGCCCUUCGGCCCAGCGCUGUGCCGGGUGGUUAUGACGGUGGACUCGCUCAACCAGUUCACUUCCAUCUUCUGCCUGACGGUGAUGAGCGUGGACCGCUACCUGGCCGUGGUGCACCCCAUCCGCUCCACCGAGUGGCGUAAGCCCCGCAUGGCCAAGACGGUCAAUCUGGCGGUGUGGGGGGUGUCGCUGGUGGUCAACCUGCCCAUCGUCAUCUACAGCGGCGUCAUCACCAAGCACGAUGGAUGCUUCUGCACCAUCGUGUGGCCCGAGCCGCAGGAGGCCUACUACACCGCCUUCAUGUUCUACACUUUUGUCCUGGGCUUCUUUCUGCCGCUGCUGGUCAUCUGCAUGUGCUACCUGCUCAUCAUCAUCAAGGUGAAGUCGUCGGGCAUCCGCGUCAGCUCCUCGUCCAAGCGACGGCGCUCGGAGAGGAAGGUGACACGGAUGGUGUCCAUCGUGGUGGCCGUCUUUGUGCUGUGCUGGCUGCCCUUCUACGUCUUCAACGUGACCUCGGUGACAGGCACGCUCAGCACCACGCCGGUGCUGCGCAGCACCUUCGCCUUCGUGGUAGUGCUGGGCUACGCCAACAGCUGCGCCAACCCCAUCCUUUACGCCUUCCUGUCGGAGAACUUCAAGAAGAGCUUUCAGAACGUUCUGUGUCUCAAGAAGGUCGGCGGGCUGGACGAGGCCGAGCGCACCGACAGCCGCCAAGACAAGUCCCGCAUGAUGACCGACCCGACGGAAACCCAAAGUACUCUGCUCAACGGGGACCUGCAGACCAGUAUCUGAUCCGCCUCGGCGUGCUUGACUCAUCUUGGCUGUUCUCCGUUUUUUUCCAAUGACAUGUUAACUUUUGUCACUUUUGCCUGAUACGUGCAUGAUUUUCAACGAUUGUAAAAGAUAUUUAAUUUUUGAGACGUGUUUUUUUUUAAUUUGAGAAGGGCUACGAGACUUUAACAUUCGACUCACGUGUUGGAGUGUUGCAUCGUGUUUGAUAAAAAGAAAAAUACUUUUACGUGACUAAUCGAAUUGUAGUAUAGCAGUGGAGCUUUGGGACACAUUUAGAGUGUUCUAUAUUUCCAUAGCAACCGUGAGCACAAGUGUUAGUCCCGCUGAAUAAUUCAUUGGCGUCAUAAUACAAGUAGCAACUCUGUGGGGUGACUAAUAGAAUUUUGGUGUAUUUUGUUUCUUGCUGUGAUGCUGACACUGCUUUUAUUUUAAUAAGGCUAUUUGUUGUCCCUCUGCAUCGGGCAACUUUUCAUGAAGUGGACUACUCACACAAAGUUUGGAAAAUUGUGCUUUUGGCUUUUGACAUUUAAGGAUGAAGAUAAAUUUAACUGUAAUCAACUUAGUGACUGAUACAAUUUUUUUUUUUGUUUGAAAUAUUUUAUCACUAUUUAUUCAAGAUUUAUAUGCUCUUUCAAGUGGUACAUGAAAGAAUAACUUUUCAUUUCCACUUCAAAAUUAGAUUUUGAAUUAUGUUUAAAUAUUUGUUUUUUUAACUUUUAUUUCAGUGCUGUGGUUAACGUAUACUAUUUAUUAUUAUAUAUUUGAACUGAAUCUUUAAGAUAUUUUUUUAUAUUUAAGCACGAGUGUUUGUGUUUAAAGUCUGCUUAAUGUUACAGUGGCUUGUAUACUUUUUAACUUCCAAAAAUUGUCUUGUUUUGGAUGAACGCUUAGCCCUACUUGACUACUGUUCAAUGUUGGCCAUGGUCAUUUCUAGGUGGCAAAAGUUUUGGAAACUACCGUUGAACGUGGCAAUAUCAAUUAUUAAAAAAAAAAAGCACACGGCCAAAAUUUGUUGAUUAUACAUACGUAUAUGUUUUUGUUUAUGUAUAAACCGAUGGAAAUUGUAUAGUAUGUUAAAAUUAAAUAACCUGUACAACGUUUUGGGUGUAAAUAAAGUAAAUCACUGAC